GAGAGAGGGAGAGGGAGAGAGAGAUGAUGAUGAAAGAGGAGGAAGCCCAUAUGACUUGACAAGGGCUCAAAGUUCUCGCUUCUCAGUUGGGAAACGAGCAACGCUGUGAAACAGCAAGAGAGAAAUUUGCUGUUACUUUGGUACACAAUUCUAUGUAUUUUUUACCCCCCCAAUUCUCCCUCCUUUACUUAUACCUUGUCUCCUCCGUCCCUAAACAAGCCAAAUUUUCAUAUCUUUCAACUCCACGUGUGGAGGGAGAGAACACACAACACAACUCUCUCUGCCUUCAAACUCAUCAGUCAUCACUACUCCUUGCUCUAUUAUCCCUUUCUCACUUGCUCUAUAGCCCUUUCUCGCCUAUUGUCAUACUAAUAUCCCAACAAAAUCCCACAAAAAUCCCAGAUUCUGAACCUUCUCAAAAUCCCAUAUAUAAACAAAUAGUUUUGUUUAUUUGCCUAUUUCUUAUGACACAAACCUAAAAUCUGCCUUCCGACGACUUCUAUAAGUUCAUACCCAAUAGCUUAUCUCCAUGCAAAGAAUUCAUUGUUGUUCAAACAUUUCAUCAGGUGAGACUGAUGAGAUUGGCAGUUUGGAGGCUGAUGAUCAAGAUGAUGAUUCUUUAACUCUUCUUUCUCUUGCUCCUCCAGGCCAAAACAACACCUCAAAGAAUCUUCUGGACUGUAGUUUUGAGUACUCCUCAUGCCAACUACCUCAGGAUAACUAUCAACAAUGCCCUAGGACUAGUGCUGAAAAUGGUGUAACAGUGGCACUUCAUAUUGGUCUGCCUACUUCAGAAGCUAGCUCUACUAGUCAUGCUCAUAACUUUGGGGUUCUUCCUGAAGGACAAUACUGGAUUCCUACUCCAGCUCAAAUUCUUGUUGGCCCCACUCAGUUUUCUUGUCCUGUAUGCAACAAAACAUUUAACAGAUACAACAAUAUGCAGAUGCAUAUGUGGGGGCAUGGAUCACAAUACAGAAAAGGGCCAGAAUCUUUAAGAGGGACAAAGCCAGCCUCAUCCAUGCUUAAACUUCCCUGUUACUGUUGUGCUGAGGGUUGCAAGAACAACAUAGAUCAUCCAAGAUCAAGGCCCUUGAAGGAUUUUAGGACUCUUCAAACACACUACAAGAGAAAGCAUGGGACAAAGCCAUUUCAGUGCAGAAAAUGUGGGAAGCCAUUUGCGGUUAGAGGAGACUGGAGGACUCAUGAAAAGAAUUGUGGGAAGUUAUGGUUUUGUAUUUGUGGUUCUGAUUUUAAGCAUAAAAGAUCACUCAAAGACCAUAUUAGAGCUUUUGGAGAUGGCCAUGCAGCACAUAGUCAAGACUUGCGUGGAAUUGAAGAAUUAGUAGAAUUAGAAGAAGAUGAUGAAGAAGAAGAGGACAACUACUAAGUAGGGCUAGAUAGACUUUGUACCCUCGAAAAGUAUUGGGGGUUUUGUUAGUUUGUACCCUAAACAUUAGUAUUCUACUAACUUAUGUUUGUUGUCAAUUGACCAGUUUUCGUACAUGAUUUGCACGUUUGUAGUAGGUAAUAAUAAAUUGCACAUUGGCUCUUGUCAA